UGUUCAUUUUCUGGAAAAUGAACCAAACAUAUAGACAGUUUUCCAGAAUACAUCCAAACUAAAUUCAAACUAAAUUUCAACAUAGAGAAUUUCCCUUCACAUACCUUGGCUGCCCAAUUUAUGUGGGGAGGAAAAGAAUUUGUUUGUUUGCAGGUUUGAUAGCAAGGAUUAAUGCUAAGUGCAAAGGAUGGCAAAACAGGCUACUAUCACAGGGGGGAAAGCUGUGCUUAUUAAGUCUAUGCUGGAAGCAAUGCCAGCACACAUUUUUUAUGCAGUGGACCCUCCCAAAGCAGCAGUGAAGCAGAUUGAGAAGCUAUUUGCUGACUUUUUCUGGGGUAGUGUGGAAGGGAAGGGGAUAUAUCAUUGGAGUUCAUGGCAAUCCCUUGCAAAACCAGUGGAUGAGGGAGGUGUAGGUUUUGGAAGCUUGAGAGAUCUAAUUGUGGCAGUAGGGGCUAAGCUGUAGUGGAAGUUCAGAACUCAAAAUACUCUGUGGGGAAGAUUCCUAAAAGCUAAAUAUUGUAGAAGAGUGCACCCUGUGUGCGAAGGAUGGCAGUAUAAAGAUUCCCAUAUUUGGAGAAGAAUGUUAGAGGUGAGAGAGAUGGUGGAGGAUGAGAUUGUGUGGAAUAUUGGAGAGGGGAGGGUGAAUGUUUGGUGGGAUAAUUGGUUGGGAGUGGGGGCUCUGGCUAGAAAAUUGGGGCUGCAGGGGAAAGGGCAGGCUAGGGAUGAGCUCAGAUAUUUUGUAAAUAAUGGAAGGUUGGACUUAUAAGGAUUAGGGGUUCAUGUGGAAGAAUUGGAAGGACUAGAUGGGGAAGUUAGAAUAGAAGAAGGGAAAAUGGAUGAGGCAGAAUGGAGGCCUUAUCCUGGCAGAGAUUUCAAUAUGAUAUCUGCUAAAAAGUUUCUGAUAAAAAGAAGAAAUGAAGGGGAAGAGGAAGGGAGAAGAUGGUGGUAUAAGAAGUGUUGGGCUAAGCAUGUGCCUUGGAAGAUGGAGUUUUUGGUUUGGAGAGUGUUUAAAAGGAAGCUUCCCACAAAUGACAGAUUAUUGAGAUUUGGUUUUAACAUUGUCUCUAAGUGUUAUUGCUGUUCUACCCCUGCAUUUUGUAGCUUGCAGCACUUGUUUAGUGAAGGGGAGGUUGCAAUGCAGGUAUGAGAUUACUUUGCUGGGUCAAUGGGGGUGAGGUGGAAUGGGGGAGGAAUUAUGCAAAGGUGCUUUGAUUGGUGGAAAGGAGGUGUGGCAAGAGAGAAUAGGCUGAUCAAGUUUUUAAGAGACAUGCUCCCUAUUGUUAUAAUGUGGGAGUUGUGGACUCAAUAUACUAGUUGUAAAUAUGGGAAAGGAAAGAAAUCAGUUGCCAAUGUAAUUUUUAAGGUGGGAAAGGGGAUGGCAGAGUGUAUACACAGAAGAUGGCCACAGUGGGAUGCCCUUCCACCCAACUGGACUGUGAUAAUGAAGAAGGCAAGGGGUUUUGGGUGUCAAAGAAUUACUGUUGCAGUAUGCUGGGAGAAACCUCCUAGAGGCUAUGUAAAGAUUAAUUGUGCAGCAAAUAUGAGGGGUGAUACAUGUGGAUACUUUGUGAGGAAUUCAGGAGGUCAGUUAUGUGCAGCAGGGGUAUAUUCUAGAGGAGAACUGUUUGACCUUACUCUACAAGAGCUAAUUGCGGUAAUGCUGAAGGAUUGCUGGGAUUGGUGUGCCUUGAAAGGAAUUGACAGGGUUGUGAUUGGAUCAAAUGACAUAGAAUGCUUGAGUGAUGAGGUACUGCCUCAAGGGUGGAGUGGGGCAGGAAGGAGGUGUAAAGAAAAGGUUAACUGUGUGGUGGAAUGUUGUAGGUGGGGGGGGGGGGGGAAUGUGAGCUUCUUGAAGGGGGGGGGACUGCCAAGGUCCUUCACUCACCUCUUGGCUUUGGAGGGCUUGCCCCAGUUUCUCUUUGUGCCUGGUCAUGAUCAUGUCUAGGCUGUGCAGAAGUAUGGGUUGGGCUGGAAGGCCCAGCUGGUUUGUUUGGGAUCCAGGGAGGGCUUUGUUUGAAAAAUGAAUGAGAGAGUGGUGUAAUGGAAAAAUGAAAGGAGAAAAAAAGAGAGAGUGAUGGGGGGAGGAAAGGAAAAAGGAAUAAGGAAGAGGAAAAUGAAUGAGAGGUGGGGUCUGCUGGACAAAGAAGUAAUGGAAAAAAAAAAGAGAGGGGGAGGGGUGUGGAAAAGAGAGGCUAACCUGUUUGCUCAUUUUUGCAGGAUAAAAUUAGCAGGAGAACUUGGAAGAAUGACACCUGGUGAUGAUGCUUUAAAGGGAGUUGAACUGGGUUUGGUAUGUCUAUGUAAGGCAGCAGCAGAGAUGUAUGAGGCAAAUAGAGGGCCUUGAUCCAUGGCUUUGUUUGAUGAUUGUUUGAUAUUUAGGAAUACAUAUGAAUGAGUUAGGAGUAUGCAUGUCGACUGGGGGGUGGUCUUGUGAGGCUUACACACUGAUGUGGGAGUGUUUGAAUGGUUGAGCUUGUGAGUAGUGAUCAGUCUAUGAGGAAGGUUGCAUGGUGAAAUAAGGAGUUUUGUUGAAAGAAAAAAAAAAGAAGAAUUGAUGCUGAAAAAAGGAAAAAGAAAAAUGGAAAAGAAUGAUAUGAAGGGAGGGUGAAUUGUGUGUGGUGAAGCCAUUGCUCAGCAUGAGGGUUGCAAAGAUCCCCCUCGGUUAAAUGCAGAGCUCUGUAUGAGGGGGAUUGACCUAAGUGUUGAGGGUGGGGGGAGGGAGCCACCGCUUAUACUUUCUACUAUAUAUCUCUUGGUGGCCAAAAUGUGGAGCUCCGUACACUCAGGAGAUGGUAGAAGGUGUAAGGGUGGGUGGAGGUGAGAGCUAUUGCUCUUGGAGGGGAUCUUGAAGGCUUCCCGGGGUACAAUGCAGAGAUCUGCACCUUGGAAGUUGAUCCCCUUGGAGAGGGUAGCUGGGAGGUUUUCACGAGUUUGGCUGUUUGGACAUCGUUCCCACCCUGAUGUGUGGGGCAGAAAGCAUGAGAUGAUUGAAAGUUUUUGUAUGUGUUUGUGCUUGGAUGUAUGAGAUAGAGUAAUGGGAGAUUAUGAGUUUAUUGUUGAUGAACUUUCUUGAAUGAUACUAGCCCUUGGGGCCA